AUGAUACAUAUGGAAGAAUCAAAUCAACAACAAAAGCAACAACGUCAACAAUAUUCUAUGCGUCCGAUAAUAAAUUUUUUACAAGGUGUUGCAUUCACUAUAUUUGUAUUUACUAUUCUACUUGUUAUUUAUUUAAUAAUUACUUAUUUUACUCGUCUUGAACCACAUAAUAAUUAUGGUAUUGUAUUUGAUGCUGGUAGUUCACAUACAGAAAUGUUUGUUUAUUAUUGGCCAGCCGAUAAAUCUGAUGGUUUAGGUACAACAUCAACAGUUAAUGAAUAUUUUGUUUGCCCAUUAAUGGCAGUAAAUGUAACUGAUCCAAUAAAACAAGGCGAAUUUAUUAAACUUAAAGCUAUAUCUGAUUUUGAACAACAUCUUGAUUCAUUAGCUGAUUAUUUUCAACCUUGUUUAACAAAAGCUAUUUUAAAAAUUCCAUCAAAUCGUCAUAAAGUUUCACCAAUUUUUCUUGGUGCAACAGCUGGUAUGCGUUUAACAUUAUUACGUAAUGCAACAAGAGCAAAACAAGUAUUAGAAACAAUACGUGAAAUUUUUUCAAAUACACCAUUUCAAUUUGUCGUUGCUCGUCAAGUACGAAUAUUAACUGGUAUGGAAGAAGCUGUUGAUGGUUGGAUAACAACAAAUCUUUUGUUAGAAAAAUUUAAACAUCGACAUGCACGAAGGAGUCAAUUAGAAGGUCCAAAAUCAGAAGAUGAAUUCGAUCCUUAUAUGGUUGGUGUACUUGACUUAGGUGGUGCUUCAACACAAGUUACAUUUACAUAUAAAGAUAAUGUUAAUAAUGAAUCAAUUCCUGAUGAAUUUACAACGAGUAUUUCGUUAUUUGAUACUGUUUAUAAUCCAUAUGCGCAUAGUUAUUUAUGCUGGGGUAAACAUGAAGCAUUAAAACGUUAUCGAGCUCGUCUUCUUAAUGCUGCACUUAGUACAAAACGAUUAUAUUUAUCAAAUACAAAACAGAUUCUUGUACGUGAUCCAUGUUUAACUGUUGGUGCAAAUGAUACAUUAACAAUGAAUAGUCUAUUUCGUUCAUCAUGUACAGCUAAUGAAAAACAAGUAUAUCAUACACGUACAAAUAUAACAACAUUUAAAUUUAUUGGAACGGGAAAUGCUAGUCAAUGUCGACAAAAUAUUAUUAAUUUAUUUGAUGCUAAACGUAAUGAUAAAACAGUUAAUUGUUCAUAUAAACAAGAAUAUUGUACAUUUGAUCAUACAUUUCAACCAGAUUUACCUGACAAUAUAUAUUUUAUUGGUUUAUCUGGAUAUUACUAUGUAUUUAAUAAUCUUGCAUUUGGUAUGCCAAAACGCGAAGGAUUAACAACUGAACGAUACAGGCUUAGAGAUUUUCCACCAGAAGUACUUACUCCACGUCUUUUCAAUGUUUGUGAAACACAUUAUCAAACACUUCGUCUCCAAGAAAAUAUUACAUCAGAAAAUGAACAACACAAACGAGGUUUAUGUUUUGAUGCAUGGUAUAUGUGGCUUUUAUUAACACAUGCUAUUGGUUUUAAAGAAAAUGAUUUAAAACGUUUAAAUUUUGCUAAUACAUUUCCAACAGGCAAAGUUGGUUGGACACUUGGUUAUAUGAUAAAUCAAACAAAUUACAUUCCAGCUGAAUAUCGAGAAAAAAAAUUAAGUAAAACUGAUUUUAUAGGUUGGUUAUCGGCUUCAUUAAUAAUUACUUUAAUUACAUUGAUAUUUCUUCUUCUUACAUGUUAUAUAUGUUGUCAAAAAAAAUUCAAUAUAAUAACGAGAAGUAAAGAUGGUUAUAACAAACCAAAUGAACAUGCAAAUAUUUAA